AUGUCGCCCUCUUCAUCUGAGAGCACACCUGUUCAACAAACUGCUGCGCCAGCAGCUGUCCCCGCCCCUUCGUCUGGCUCUGCAGCAGCGCAGCCGAUUGCGACACCUCAUCCUCCUCCUCCUACGCCAGCCGCACCCCUCGCAUCCUCAUCAUCGUCGUCAACUGGGACUCGUCGCGCCUCGAGCAAUGCGCGGACGUCUCCCAUGAUGGCGCCGCUCAGUCGCAUGCCAGGGGGCGAGUCGACGACCGUACCGGCCGCGCAUACAGCCUCAACCUCUCCUCCAACGACGAGCUCCGCAGCGAAUGCUGGCAGCCCUCCUCGAAGCGGCAGCGGCGUCAAUGUGGGGCGAAAGCGCAGUCAGCAUCGUACUGCCAAGACGGGCGACGCGACCCCGAGCAGCAAUGCUGGAGCUUCCGGGUCUCGUCGCCCUGGUUCGAGGGGCGGGGCAGGCACGUCGGCCUCAUCUCACGCCGGAUCUCCUCCUCACACGGGAACUACGAGCGGCUACUACUCGUCACAUGGAUCUCGUCACCCAUCGAUGGGCUCAGUCACUACACGCCCCGUGGCUCCCCUCUCUACCGACCAGCGCACAGCAUUCGAGGAGGCAGUCGCCUCUUCAGCCCUCGCGUCUACCUCUUCUGGCUUGCAAGCCCUCUUGCGAGAUCAUCCAGAGCUCGUCUCUUCUGAACUCGCGAAAGCUGCUGGUCAAGAGUGGUCGCAGCUGAAUGAGAGUGCAAGGGGUUCUCGUCCGGGGACUGACCCUCCUACGCCUGGUGGGGAGAGCGAUCAGGGAGGCGCAAGUGCGGGCGGCCAUGUCUUUUGGGACGACGACGACGACGUGACGCCUCAAGUGGGAGAGGGAGGGCCUGGUGAAGGGGCCGGGGCUAGCGGUGCGGGAGGUGGAGCUGGCGGUGUCAUGGAGAAGGCGACCAAUCUGGGGUCCGCAGCGCCGUCUUCGUCGGCGCCCGCUCCGCUCGCCCAAGUGGACCGGGCGAGGCCGGCGGACGGCGAUGCGGGCGAUGCAGCCGUCGUCGAGUGUUGGAUCAGCCGAUAG